AUGACUCCGCAGCCCCAGACCCGAUCCAGCGACCCAAAACAGAUCAACGUACGAUCGACGAUUAGUAUGAUCCAGACUAUGGGUACAAACAAGGAUGACGAGGUGUCUGCAGAAUUUGAUUGCCAGGCAUUCAAGUCUAGAAUUCUUAUCGAGUGGACAUGGCCAAGCACACGCAACCUGCCAAGCACCAAGCACAGACUCGACGUGUCAAGGGUGUGUCACAGUGGAGUGGGGAAAUGUUUCCGGGGGUUCGAGAACACCGAUCGAUUUGGGCAGGUUUGCCUCCGAUUCUGGGAGUCGUCAAUUGUCACUCGUCCCUCGCCAUUUGGAUAG